AUGGCUCCAGAUACACAGCCCAAAGUGUGCCUAGGUGUGGCAGUCGACCACCGGAUCAUACGGCUUUCUAAGCCUGUACUCAACGACUUGACAGAGCCAUCCAAUUAUGUCUCCUGUAUCGAGGACCGAGGGCGGUUACUUCAACGAUCGGAUAGCGAGGUUCAAGUUACUACGCAGCUAGCAGGACCAGCGGUGAAGGGCGGUAUAGCAGUCGCCCUGCAGCAACCCCGGCACAACCACCCAUUCAAGAAGGGCCUGGAUGCCGUAAUCCAGGAUUGCGAAACUCUUUGUGCUAUUGACGACAUUUUUUCUGUUGUCUCCUGUGGAACCCUUGAUAUUCGGACCAACAUCGCCGUCGUGGACUUAUUGCCCUACAUGUGUGAAGAUAUAAAAAAGAUUGAUGAUGCGACAUUGGAGGAGUCAUUCUGUGCGUCAACACAUAUUAUUUGUGAUAAGGAGCCUCAUAUCUUGCUUUGCGCGGGCAAGAUAUGGUUGCCAAGGGUGGACAAAUCCAAUAGACUGAAGGGGCAUGGCUGGAAGUUUGAGAGCAUUGGUGUUGGAAAGAAAUUCGGCGAAACUUCGAAAUCCCCCGUCACAGUGAGGGUCCGUCACGGAAAGAGGGGAUUUGUCGACAUUCGUAGGGUGCUGAAGCUUGCGGGAUGA